UGCGCGCGUCCGGCGAGGGAGCUCCACGUGCACGGCUCAGAGGCAGAGGAGUGGUCCUAAAGUCCGACAGGUAUUUAGCGGGACGUGACCUGUUGGAGGCGCUGUUCGACACUACGAUAGUUUACGACCCAAAGAAGAGCGAGACGAAGAAGGAAAGAAGCACAAACGUAGAAGAAGAGUCCAGCUGUUUGCUCCCUAUGCACACACAUCGGCAUCUUGUUGUCAUCGCUCGACGGGACCGAUGUUUACGGAGAAUAACGGUAGAAGUUUUUGAAGAAUAAAGAGAAACAAAACUUGAUGUGUUUACAGCCGUAAUAACGAUGGCAGGUAGGGGCAGGCUGGUGCCCUGUGUGUGUCUGGGGCUGUUUGGAGUCCUGUGCUGGGUGUGGGUCUCCUUUGCCUCCUUCCCAGACGAGCGUGUCCCCCUGGAGGAUCUGGAUGCAGUGGAGCGUGCAGCCUUUCAGCCCCAGAGUGCUCUGUCCGACAUGGAGUUUUCCUCCAUCGUCACUUCAUACAGAGGCCCCGGCAACGUUGACCGCCGCAGCAACAAGGAGCUGCCCAUCAUACUCUGGUGGACCGGGGGGCUGUUCCCUCAUUUCCCCGGUGACACCGAACGCAUCGACUGUGCCACGUCCUCCUGCCUGGCCACGAGUAACCGCAAGGUGCAGCUCUACAAGCGGACAGCCUCCAUCAUCUUCUACGGGACAGACUUCAGGGCCUAUGAGGCGCCGCUACCUCGUCUCCACCACCAGACCUGGGCACUGUUCCACGAAGAGUCGCCCAUGAAUAACUACUUCCUCUCUCACGGACCGGGAAUCCGGCUGUUCAACUACACAGCCACGUUUCGCAGGGAGUCCGACUAUCCCCUGAGCCUGCAGUGGCUGCCCACUCUCGACUACCUGCUGCAGCCCACAGCCGUGUCCCUGCAGGAGAAGAACCGCCUGAGGAGGGGGGGCCUGGCUCCCGUGCUGUACAUGCAGUCUCACUGCGACGUACCGUCCGACAGAGACAGAUAUGUUAAGGAGCUGAUGAAAUACAUCCAGGUGGACUCUUACGGGAAAUGCUUGAACAACAAGCCUCUACCUGAACACCUGGAGGACACAGGGACCGCCACCGGCGAGGACCUCCGAUUCAUGAACUUCGUGGCGCGGUACAAGUUCCACCUGGCACUGGAGAACGGUCUGUGUCCAGAUUACAUGACAGAGAAGCUGUGGCGGCCUCUGCAUCAGGGCUGCGUUCCCGUCUAUCGAGGCUCCUCCGUGGUGGCGGACUGGAUGCCCAACGACCACUCUGCCAUCAUCAUCGAUAACUUCCCCUCACCAAAAGCUCUGGCCGACUUCCUCAAGCAACUUGACGAGAAUGAUGAUGAAUAUGCAAGAUAUUUGGAGUUUAAGAAGCCGAGCCGUGUAACAAACACUCGCCUGCUGGAGGCUCUGGAGACCCGCGAGUGGGGGGUGAAUGACAUGAGCAAACCGAACUACCUGAAUGGAUUUGAAUGUUUCGUGUGCGACCAGGAGAAUGCACGGCUGGCAGCAGAGCGGGGAUAUAGGAAAGCCCCCAAGAAGAACCAACCCCCUCAGCCUAAAAUGGCCGACAACUCUCACAUGGGAUGCCCCCUGCCAAGCCCCGGGUACGGAGGCGUCCAAGACUUAUCUGCAGAGGACGGAUGGCUGAAAACAUGGCCUCAGGAUUACUGGCAGAGUCUGGACCAAGCAGAAGGGCUGGAGUCUCUGAUAAGACACAACGAGUCGGACCCUUCGCUGCUGUGGAAGCACAUUCAAAACAUGGCUGUGAGCAGAGCCAGAGGAAAACACUGACACAGGCCUCGGUCACAGGCUGGAGAAGGGUCCGAUAUCCUGCAGCCCAUCUGUUUAAAUGAGGGACUGAAGCAGAAAUGACGCAUUUCUGCACCUGAGCCAAAACUCUUUUACUCUUAGGAGCCGUUUAGUAACAUUUUUAGAUACUGAAUUCAGCUGAGGUGCUACUUUUGUCCUUUAUCCCGGAUUCAAUAAUGGGGAAGUGAUGUUUCACAGUGCCAUAUGCCAAUAUUUUCAAGUAGGUUAAUGACUCUAACUGCGUUGCCAUCGUUGCCCUUACCCUGCCCUGUGUUGUUAACGCUAACUGCAUGCAGUGCAGCUGUUCCUCGAAAUGCACAUUCUCAUGGGAGGCACAUUUUCAUUGGACUGGGGCCGAGCCAAAGACUCGUCCUCUUUACUGAGAGACUUCUGCCUGUGUGUGAAGACCAUCAAGACUGCAGCCAGGGAACUACAUUACCUUCUUCACUGUUACCCAGCAGGUAGCUGAUGGUUAUUAGCUAAGGUCAUAUUCGUUAUCACAGCCAUUUCAAGUGACUAUGCAAGGAGAAUAUUGUUUCACAGAGGAAUUGGACACAUGUAAAGUUAAGCACAGCUCCCGGUGGGAAGUCGCCACUGUGAGGGAGUUCUCAGGAACAGCUCAGCUAAUGAAUUUAUGUGGUGGAUACUUUAUUCGAUCACUAACUCUAUUCAGUUACAUGAUGCUAAAAUCAUCUCUAUGUGCAAUCAUUUUUUUUUAAACAUACUUUUCUAAAACAUGUAACUGCUUGAGACUCCGGGAAAGUCUUGUGUGUCUCUUUGGACACUAACUAUGUAUGACAUAUAUUUGUGACCAUGCUCAUAUAAAUCACUUUAUUUUGUUAACAAGGCA